UGACAUCAGACAAUCAGACAUUGACGUUUUCAAUUCUUGUUGUCGAAUCCGUGUGAAAUUGAAUCACUAUCGUUUUGUGUAUUAUUUAGGAAAUAAAAUACAUUACAGUUAUUAAAACAUCAUGGAGCUUCAAGAUACUUAUUACAAUAAAUCUGAAUAUGUAGAAACUGCUUCCGGAAAUAAAGUAAGCAGACAAACAGUACUAUGUGGAUCUCAAAACAUAGUUCUACACGGGAAAGUAAUAGUUCAAAGUGAUGCAAUUAUUAGAGGAGACUUGGCCAAUGUUAAAACUGGGAGGUUUUGUAUUAUAAGCAAAGGCUCUGUAAUAAGACCUCCUUUCAAGAAAUUCAGUAAGGGGGUUGCCUUCUUUCCGUUACAAAUGGGAGACCAUGUGUUUGUUGGUGAAAACACAGUUGUGAAUGCUGCAGUCGUCGGAUCCUAUGUUUAUAUUGGGAAGAAUGUUGUUAUUGGUCGAAGAUGUGUCCUAAAAGACUGCUGUAUGAUUGAAGACAACUCAGUACUGCCUGCUGAGACAGUUGUGCCUUCAUUUGCAAGAUACUCUGGCAGUCCAGCUCGUCUCAUCACUACUCUACCUGAAGCAAUGCCAGAUCUCAUGACGGAAUUCACCAAGAGUUAUUAUCAACAUUUUCUACCAACCACUGUACAAUAAAUUGUAUUAUUAAUCACUAAAAAGACAUACUUUAUACUUAUUUAUUUUAUAUUUCUGUUAUAUGUAGUUUUAUUGUAACUUUAAUACUGUAAGGCAAAGUAACACUCUAAUGUUGUAAGUAUAUUAUAAGGCUUCAUUAAAAU